UCAUCCACGUAACUUCCUGUGAAAGGCUCGCCCUCAGCACAGCAAAGUUUUUCUUCACUGCAGCGCGGAUCUCUGAAUCAGGACAGUAUAGAUUAAACCAGGAAGGCCUGUCACCAUGGACCCAUUUUUAUCUCUGCUGAAUUCAAUUUCUAUGAACCUAUCUGACAGUGAUCUCUCUUCCCUUAAAUUUCUCUGUCGGGACAAAAUUAGCAAAAGAAAGCUUGAAUCAGUCAAAAAUGGAAACGAUCUUUUUGCCAUCCUUCUUGAACAGCAGGAGAUUACAAGUGAUAAGAUAGAUUUUCUCCAUUUCCUGAUCAAAACCCUUAAAAGAGAUGAUCUUGCAAUGUGGCUAGAACAAUUUGUAGAAGGAGAAGGCAAUAUUGUUGAUCAACCAGAUAUCAAAGAAAAACGUUGGCUGAAUGCAGCCUUUGAAGUCAUAUGUGACAAUGUUGGGAGAGACUGGAAAAUGUUGAUUCGAAAACUUGGAAUUUCUGAUGCAAAAAUUGAUAGAAUUAUGAUAGCCAAUCCUUAUAAUUUGCGAGAACAACUGAUGCAGUCACUUCGAGAAUGGCAGAAAUGGAAAGGAAAGGAAGCUAAGGUUGCUGAUGUACUAAAAACUCUUCGGGAUUGUAAAAUGAACCUUGCAGCAGACAAAGUCGAACAGGAACUUUCAAAACUGGAUAUAUGAAACUGAAUGAAAUUCAUACAACACCAGUUUUAAUGAUGUAUUCGUUAAUCCAGAGAAUGUGGUGCGAAGUGAGGGAGUAUUGUCUACUCAUCCAAAUUGGACCUGCGCUCUUUUGGUUUUGUUCCUUUCUUUGCCAUUUGCUUAGAGUUACUAGUCUGAAUUUACACACACACUCCCCACCCCAAAUAUCAAAAGAUGCUAAUUUCUUUGGAUGCUUCAGUUUUUGAUGCUCACCCUGAGACUAUUUAACUGAUUUGAAUUUUUUUCCAGCAAAGGAUAAACACUCUGAGAAAUCUUACAUUUUACCAGGUUAGGUGCCUAAAAUCAGUAGUAUCUUCU